UGCUUGCUCACGCGGUGGGAACUUUGUUAUUUUUAUGCAGCUGCGCAACAUCAGCCAUGGUAGGAGGCUGGAUGAAACAAGAUCCUCACAAUAACAUCGGUUACCUUCACCUUGCUCACUAUGCCGUCUCCACUGCAAACACGAGGUCUGAAGAACUACAACACAGUCGUGCGCCUACUUGAAGUCAUGACUCAGGUUGUAGCAGGUGUAAACUACAACCUGACAUUCACCACCGCUCCAUCACACUGCGUGAUUGGAAAAGUUCGAUAUAUGCCCCAUGUCUGUAUGCCAGCUGAACAGGAAAAUGCGCUGUGCUCUGCGAUCAUCUAUGUCAUUCCCUGGAUGCAUUCUGCCAGCGUGACUAAGUACACGUGUUCCACUAUUAAACAUAGGGACUUCUCUAAUCAGCAAGUACAAGUGUCUAUGGGUACGCAUAAAGCGCGGGCUUCAACCAUAAUAUAAUUAAAGUGACUUCCGACCAAACA